AUGUCUUCCUCAGACCAACAAGAGCCUCAGGCUGUCCGUCCGUUAGAGAUCUUGUAUUGCCAAAUCUGUACAUUUCCUCCCGAAUACUGUGAAUUUGGCUCUAGCUUGACGAGAUGCAAGGAAUGGCUCCAAGGGGCACACUCUCAGCUUUUUGAUAAAUACUACUCAGAUGAGGCUCUCCAGUCAAAGAUUGGUACCCUCAGUUUGGAGGCGCAGGCAAAACUCGAGAAGGACACUGCAAAAAAGGAAGCAAAGGCUGAGGCAAAGGCGGAUGCUGCGCUUAAGAAAAAGAUGGCGUCGCAAGUGUCAAUUAAACGCAUCGAACGUAACAAGCGGAAACACGUCACAGCUAUCCAUGGCCUUGAGGCAUUUGACAUUGAGUUGAAAAAAGCUGCUAAAUUCCUUGCUCAGAAGUUUGCUACUGGGGCAUCCGUCACCAAGAACGCCCAGGGACAGGAUGAGAUCGUAGUGCAAGGAGAUGUAUCAGACGACGUCAUGGAGCUUAUUGAAAGCGGAGCUGGUCCAUUGAAGGGUGUGCCUGCGGACAAUGUCGUGAUCGUUGAAGAGAAAAAGAAGAAAGCUGGUGAAUAA